AUGAGGCAGCAGGAGGCCGUGGUAGUGACCGCGGCGGCAACGCCCGAGGAGGGCUGCGAUGGGGAGCAGCCUCGGCAGCUGGCAGGGCUGGUGUGCAGGGCGCCCGGCGUCUCCCAGGAACCCCACAAACAGUGGAAGAAAUUUUUAUAUUGUGAGCCACAUAAGAGAAUUAAGGAAGUGCUGGAAGAAGAACUUUAUAUUAAGAGAGAUGAAUGCCACAUUAAAAAUCCACCUUCAGUGGUCCUGGAAGGGAUCUGGAGCAUUAAAAGGAAUCUCCCUGUGGGGGGCUUGAAGCCAGGACUGCCUAGCAGAAACAGUUUACUGCCACAAGCCAAAUACUAUUCAAGGCACGGAGGACUGAGAAGUAGCAGCCACCAGCCUGGGUCCAGUGAAGAAACAAACAGAAACUUUAAGCGAAUUAUUGCUGUUUCCCUCACUGUCAUAGCCAAUGUUUGCCAGGAACAAUUGUGGCAGAAUGUGGGAAAGGUAGAGGGCUUGACAUGGGAGCACAGUGUCCAGAUAAUGUAG